UAUGCAGCUAUCGGAAACAUAAUAAAAGUAAAAUACAACAGUAAGGAAUCCAGGUCAUGUCUUGUUCAAAGUACGCCUCUACACCACAGACAACAAACUUAGCACGGAUCUCCCGACUGAUUUUGGGGCCCUGUGCUGACAUCAUGAGAGAUGUGCUCCUUAAUGAGGUGCCUGCAAAUGAUCUAUCCAAGAAAGUUAAAAGCUGGAAGAAGUCAGAGAAGAGGAAUCCGCUCAAUAAAUCACAAAACGAUUUGAUUUUUCCGCCAUCUUCCCAAAACUAUGCGGGAGAUUAUUCUGAUAUGGAUAUAUCCUUACUUUAUACUCUCCUGCGUAAUGUGACUAACCUACCUGCACACAGUCAAGGUUGGGGUAAUGAUCCUGACCCUACAGACAGAAGUGUAUCGGCAAAUAUGGAGCGUAUAAGACUACUCAGAAACAAACACUAUGGACAUGCUGUUGUUAUAGGUAUACCCGAUGCCGAUUUCCAGACUGAGUUUAUGAACAUUCGCAAAAUUGCUGAAGAUGUUGAUAUUUAUUUUGGCGUUUCAAAACAUCAGAAAUCGGUAGACUUUAUCAAAACAGACAACAUGGACCCGGAACAGGAAAUGAAAUGGAUAAAACAGCUUGCAAUACUAGAGUCGCUGGUCUCAAAUGUAGAGGAAAACACCCAAGAAAUACAGAAACUGAAACAUAAAGUAGAAAACACGGGGUUUGAGAAUUUUG